AUGAAUUGGUCAAACAUUGUUUUAAGGGGUGGUCCCCCGGGUAAAGUUGUUUCGUCUGAGGAAAUAGAUGUUGUCGAUAGUGGUCGAUAUAAUGAAUUUGGUUGGGGCAAACAUUGUUUUGAUAUCACUAUGCAUUCUUUGAAGGGUAAGAUAGAUUCUGGUUAUAAGAGGGUAGUUCGUAGUGACGAGGAUGGUGGGUAUUACAGGUUAUUGGGUUUUCCUUUGGCUAUUCAAUUCUGGUUUUUCGAGUGUUGCCCGUAUGUUAUUGAGAAACUGUCGUUGUACUCAAAUGUUGGCAUUCCAAGGAUUUUGAAUUGGCCUAAAUUACCCAAGGACAAGGAGGGUAUGGUGAAAAUGGAUGUCAUGAACACCCUCAUUUUCGAUCGGUCUUUGAAAGAGUUAAAAUUAAGAAACAUCACUCCAACUUCCGUUGAGAGAUUGAGUUUGAGCCUCACUGAUUUAUUCUCUGGUGAGACUACUCCCGAGGCUGUAAAAUUAAAAAUUAAAGGUGGUUCCAAGCCUGCUGGUCAACCUGGCUUCAUGGGUGCUUCUUCAUCAUCUGCUCAUGAGAAUGUCUCCCGAGUUGAGUUUGAGGAAUUUAAAAAGUGUUUAUCUGUUGUUGUCAGCCAGCAAGGGAUACUUAUGAAAUCUGUUGCUGAGAUGAACAAGAAGCUGGACAUUCUUAUUGAGUCAUCCCAAGGUGGUCUUACUCACAAUGGAUCUCAGUCUGAAGAUGCUCUUCGUACUUCAGAAAAUGAGGAUGAUGAAGAUUCCACUUCGGAGGAAGACGAGGAUGAUAAAUUCGACGAUGACAAAGGAGAUGAUCAUCAUGACGAUGAAACUGAUGAUGAUCUGGGUGGAGAUGGUGUUGGUGCUGGUCAGGAUGAGGCUCACACGGGCGAUGUUCGUAACGAUGAGGGUGUUGUUGUCCCCGAGGUUGUUUCGAGGGAUGAUGAUACCGGCAAGGUGGAUGAUGCCAAGAAUUCUGACCCUGUGGAACCUCUUGCAGAGAUCAAACAGCCUGAACAGUCUCAAGGUGGGGAGGAGAACAUUGAUGUUGAUGCAACAAUUGCAUCUGCUGUUAAAGCUGUGGAGAAUUUGAUCGGUUCCUCAACUCAUGCCCCUGCUUCUGUUGAGACUUCUGAGAAGACUGAUCUUGAAAUGGUUGUUUUUCAAGAGACUCCUAUUUUACGUCCUCAAAAGAGGGAUCGGAAGAAAGGAGCUGUUUUGAAAUCCCCAUUCAUUGAGCUUGCUUCUGGUGCAUCUAAAUCAGGUUCAUCCUCAGUUUCUCCUGAUGAUUCUGUGUAUAAGGUCGUUAAAUAUGUGCGUGGUUUGUGCCCGUUGGACAACAAGAUUGGUGAACCUGUCGAUCCGCAAUUGGAAGCUGAGUCUGUCAAGUGGGUUGAUACAGGUCUUAGAAAGCAUAAAUCUAACACAACAGCUAAUGUGUAUUGUAAGGGUAAGGAUACAAUAUUUCCGCCAUUUCGUUUUGGUGUUGAGGACAUUAGCAACAAGAUGUGGUUUCACAACCUUGCCUACCCUAAUUGUUUCCUUACCAAUUCUCACAUUGACAUCAUUUUCUAUUAUCUCCGUAAGAAAAUAAUGUACUCAGCCGAGCCGAAAAUCAAAGUCACCACAACUGAUUGCCUCUUUUGUUCUAGCAUAACAAGUUUGUAUGAGAAGUUUGUUGAGAAAAACAACGAUAUAUCUGUGUUGUCUCUUUCUCACAAUGUGGCCCAGUACAUUCAAGGUGGUAAGAUAUUAUGUGCCACUCCUUGGCAUUUGGUUGAUCAUGUUGUUAUGCCUAUCAAUGUAAAAUUACAGGAUCAUUGGAUUUGUGGUCGUCUAAACAUAGUUGACAGACGGAUAUAUCUGUACAAUUCAUUGCGUUCUGGAAGGUAUAUGACAGCUGCAAAAGAGGCUUGGAAGCCUUUUUCUGUUAUUUUACCAUAUUACUUCUCUAUGUUAGACUUCAAAGGCCUUCGCAACGAAGCUAAGUUUAGCACUAUGGAACCGUUCCCUAUUGUUGUUGUUGAUGGUUUACCCGAGCAGGUCACAGCUGAUUGUGGUGUUUUUGUAGCAUCAUUUGCUGAGUAUUUCAUUGAUGGCAAACCCAUCCCAUCCUCUGAUUUUGAUGUGGAAAUUCACCGCGAUCGUUUGGCUGUGUUAUUUUAUCAAUAUGGCAUGAAGAAGCAAACUGAGAACAUUGAAAGUGAAUCCGAGGCCCCUCCCAGCCUUCCCAAGAAGUGA